AUCAUCCUGUCAUCGUCCGAAACAGACUACAUCGACCAGUUGAUCCCGGUGAUGCGUGAUGUCAGAAACUCAGAACGUGCAGGCCAUCUCAUUCAAGCUCUGACACAAGUUUCAAACGAACGGCAAGCCGAGAUUGAGCGUAUUUGCAAUACCAAUCAUCAGGAGUUCAUCAGCUCUGUCAACCAGCUCCAGCGAGUUCGGGAAGGUACCGUCACUUUGACAGCUGAGAUACUGAGUCUCAGUCAGUCUAUUGAGGCCAGUACUGAAAAGCUCGCUGAGCAGAAGAGAGCAUUGGUCGAUUCCAGAGGUGUUAGGCAGAACAUUGAUGACGCUACCCAAGCCUUGAAAGAUUGUCUCGAGGUGUUGCGGCUCGCAAAUCAGGUACAUGAUCUGCUCCAGGAGAAGAACCGUUACGCAGCGCUCCGAGCUUUGGACGAACUGCAGAAUGUUCAUCUCAGAGAGGUUACCCGCUACAUGAUUGCAGGCAUGAUUGAGCGCUCGGUACCCGCAACCCAACGUCUGAUAGCUGAGGCUGUCAUGGCGGAUCUGAACACCUGGCUUUUUAGAAUCCGAGAGACUUCACAGUUCCUGGGAGAGGUUGCAUUCUAUCAUACGGAAAUGCGUAGAACCAGACACAAGAUGAGAUUCGAGGAGAAUCCUGAUCUCGGUAACUUCAAACUCAACUCGGCGGUGGAAGCUGCUGCUGAUGAGAGCGAGGAGUUUGAUGUGUUGAACAACGAAGAGGUGCAGGUUGACUUUUCUCCUUUGUUCGAGGCUAUCCAUAUACAUGAUGCGUUGGGCCAGAGCGAGAAGUUCCGUCAGGACUAUUCGGCAACCAGAAGGAGACAGAAGGAGCUGCUCUUGCCUGCGACUUUGGAUCUUCUAGAUGAGGAUGCAGGCGAGUUGAGUACUCUGUUAGAAAGUAUCGCUGGAUUCGCCAUUGUUGAGAAAGCCACCAUGAUGAAGACGGAGAACUUGAGAUCCUCAACAGACCUAUGGGAUUCAAUGUGCCAGAGUGCUAUCACACUUGUUAGCAAAGCCCUGCCAAUCAUCGACAACGACGAGAGACUGUUGAAAAUUAAGGGUGUCAUCGCGCUCUUCAGCUGGGGUUAUUCUGUUGAUAGUCUCGACAGAUUGCUCUUGAAGAUUUUCGACAAGUACGCUCAGCUACUGAAGCAGAGAUUCAGCGAAGACUUCCAAGAGGUGAGUGUGCAGGCUUCGCGAGCCCGGCUGUGCGGUUCGUGUUGCGUGCGGACGCUGACUUUCACACGCAGNAUUGUUUCGACGGACGACUACAUGCCCAUGCCUAUCAAUAACCCGGAUGAGUACGACAAAGUCAUCAACGUCAGUUGGUACACACCAGAGAAGGACCGCGAGCAGCAAAACUUCCCUUGUGUUCUUCCUUUCUCACAAAUGUACCCGCUUUGUUGCAUCGACAUCCGGAACUUUCUAAACCAGAUCUAUCUCUUCUCGGACGAUCACUUCCAGAACUCUGGCGUGAUCGACGACACACUCAGAAGCUCUUUGGACGACCUUCUCUGCCACAAAGUGUGCAGGUCAUUGGUCGAGAGACUUUCAUCACAAUAUCCAGGACAAAUUGUCCAAAUCCUGACCAACCUCGAUCACUUUGAGACAGCAUGCCGAGAAUUGCAAGACCUACUCGCAGAAGCUCGCUCAUCNAAGCAGUGCAGCCGGCCCAAUCGUGCUCGCCGCGACAGAAGAAUUUACGACAGCCAAAAAGCGGCUGAGAAGCGCAUCUUCGAACUUGUUAACAGCAAGAUUGACGAUUUGAUCGAAACGGCCGAGUAUGACUGGAGCUCCACCUACGAGCCACCAGCUGCUUCGCCUUACAUGCAGGAACUAACGCGCUAUCUGUCCGACGUCAUGUCCAGUGUACUGCUUGGACUUCCCGUGCAGAUCAAAGAGCUCAUCUACUUUGACGCCCUCGGUCAUAUCAGCAAUGCCAUUCUUGCUUUGCCGCUUGACCCCUCAAUCCGCCGUCUCUCGCCCCAGAGCGUCACAGCUUUCCGCCUCGACACUGAGCACUUGAUCAACUUUGUCCGCAGUCUCGACAACCCAGUGCUCAUGGAAGGUCUUGAUGAGCUGCGCCAGACGGUCGAACUCAUGGCCGUAGCCAAAGAAGGCGAAGGACGUGCAGAGGAAGAGUUCUUUGACGUUGAAAAGGGACGCAAGAGAUUCGGCAAGGUGGAUAAGAUGAAUGGAGCCGAGUUGCUGGAGAAGGUCAGUCAGGGAGUGGAGGCGCAGAAGGCAGCUGCAGUUGCGGUUGCUCAAGCGGCCAGUCCAGUAGACAAGAAGCCGACCAUGAACUUCCCGGCCUUUGCGAGCAGGUUCAAGAAGGACAAGGAUGCUUCUUAG